GAUAUCUGGUCAGCAUGGAUGAGUUUCUCCGAAGGGUCUGUUUCCACGCUGUUUUUCUCUAUACCUCCACAUCUGGUUUAAAAUUUGAACAAAACUAGGCAUUUAAUUGUGACUCUGCAUGAAUGACUGCAAGUCUUCUACCACUCAGACUUCAUUUGACUCCCGAUCAACGUGCUAGAGCAGUAUUAAUCUCGGUUUUCCCCUUGAAUCAGUAUUCUUGCGUAGUGUCUGAUAAGUGCCAGAUGCAUAAAGUGCCUGUUUCCAGCAAUACUCAGGUUUUGAGCUCGCAGACAACUAUUUGGAGAGGCACUUACUGUAACCUGUAGUGUUGCAUACCCAGAGCUGGGAAGUGAGGUGAAACCAGAUACCUCUGUUUGGCAUCAUGGACAGUAUAUGCUGCAUGUUCCCCUAAGUCAGCUUUUCCAUGUCUCUGUCAUCUCAAAUCAUAAUUGUUGCAAGCUUUUCUUCCACAACCAGCCAGUUCAACAACAAGACUGAUGAGCGAGUCUGGGACUUUGCCUGUAAGGCCACCUUCAGAGGGAUCAUCAACUGCAGUUGGACCGAUUAUGUCAACAAUUUCGAUGAAGGCAUCAACUUCUCCUGCCCUUCCGAGUCACUGAUUUGUGGGGUGGAAAAUCUCCAACUUCCUAAACACAAGGAUCGGAAGUGGAAGUUCUACUGCUGCGGCAAGUACACAGUGUGCUAUGCCAACUGUGCAUGGACUGACUAUGUGAAUGAGUCCAAAGAGUACUUCAGCUGGCUCGUCCCAAAGGGUUUUUAUCUGGUGGGCGCUGUACGUUACCAUGACAGUAAUAGCAAGUAUGUAAUACUCCCUCCCCCUCGUUGCAAUUCUUUUGACUCAACUGUACACAUUCACCUCCCCUCUAUCCUUCCAAAUGCGCCCAAUCUUUCUUUUCUUCCCACCCAUCACUAUACAAUACUCUCACACUGGACAUGGGCAAGCUAUUCAACUGUGGGCUCCAUUAUGAUGUGACCCGAAUCUGCUCUCUCUGCUCUUUGUACCUUAUUGUUAUGAUGUGCUAUGGUUAUGGAGACAGAACCGAAUUAGCCUUUGUAUCUGCAUAUUCACAAUACAAUAAAAUUAAAACCUUAAAAGACCCUCAAAAUUGACCCCAAUCCGUCCUAAUCAGAUCUUUUUUGAAUACCAAUCUCAGACUUGGUGAAUAAUCAAUUCUUGACACCAGUUUGUAUCUUAAAUAAAAGAAUUAGGAAUUUAUUCACAAUAUGCCAACUUUCGUCAAGCAAGAUUGAGCAUGAAAUAAUUGAGUUGAAAACCUUGUGUAUUCAGUGCCAUUCAUGGAAUAAAGAAUGAAUACAGUUAAGGGCUAAACAAUAAUAAAAUAAA